AUGGUCGCAUUGGCCCCCAUUGGAGAUGUUGUUCCUGUCGCCCACGUUACGAAACAUGCUGGGGAUGAAAUGGAUAUCCAUGACCACGUCCAACUCGAUUUAAAGAUCUCUGUGAACGGUGAUCGUGAGACUUCCAAGUGUGGUACCACCAAUAUCCCCAUGGCUGUAGAAGAUUCUCCUCUACGGCCUGAUCAAAGCUCACCUAAUGAGCUCAACGUCCAUGGAAGUUCGAAUCAGUCAUCCAAAAACCACCACCUUGCGAUUGAAGUUUUGAAAGUCAUCGAAAGUUAUGGUGUUGACUUUGAGAAACUACGUGCUCCUUGGAAGGGCUUUGAGUCAUUCAUGCCAAUUGUAAUGGCACAAGUUGAAAGACAGGCACCCAUCAGAAUGAUUCUACCUGCCUUUCCUUUCAAGUCACCCAAUUCCCGCGACAAGGUCCUCGGCACUUUGCCGGACUUUGGCGAGGAGUUGGCACUUGCCCACUUGAAUGGUCUCUGUCAGAACAUCACUGAGAUCUAUGCGCCCGGCGCCGAUGUUUACAUCAGUUCUGAUGGGCUCGUAUACAAUGAUAUUUUGGGUGUCUCUGAUGAGACUGUGUGGGACUAUGGCGAGGCAUUGCGGAGGAUGGCAGUUGAGAAAGAGCUUCAUCAUGUGAAGUUCAUUCGGCUUUUUGAACUUCUUGAGCAUCCCUGGUUCCAAACUUCCACGCCUGAAGCCGCAAAGUCUUUCUACCUCGCUCAUGCAAACUGUUUACGUCGAGAGCUCAUGUAUACUUUCAAUGACCCGACCUUUGAUGCGGCAGAAGCUAUCAAGACAGACCACGAUACAUGUCUCACAUAUCGUGGAUAUAUCAAAUUCCUCGCCAAAGAUCUGGCCCAUCAAACAGAAGGCCAAAUUAUGUCAAAGCGCGCACGACUGGCGCAGAUAGGUGAAACUGCACGGCAGAUGAUCAUCCGUGGCAAAAUGUUUGCAGCGGCUAUCCAAGCAAACCGCCAGGACUAUGUGCGACUUUCAAUCCACGAAUCAGGGGGUGAGAAGAAACUUUCAAUUUCGCUCAUCCCCCAAUCCCGCGGAGAACUGGGGUACACACCUUGGCAUUCCGCUGUGGCAGUUGGGCUGGAUGGCUCGUAUCGAACGGUCCACGCUGAUGAUGUACGCGAAACGCACGAUGUGGUGUUUAAGCAGGGACAACCAUACUACUUCCGUGAGAAAUCGAGUCUCUUCGACUGGACUGAAAACAGACUUUCUGUCAAAUUUGAACAUCUCUACCCAUGCGGGCUGAUCAUUCGCCCUGCUGACAUCGAUAAUGUGAACGCACCACCUUCUAUUCGCGCUCUGCCAAUGCACAAGGUCCGCCAGUUGUCCAAUGGCAUGUCCCCAGUUGUCCUCCGCGGAUUUUCCGAGACUCUUGUCGAGGAAUUCUAUGUCGAAAAAGCAUCAGAGCUUGGAACAAUUCUUCCGUGGAGCUUCGGCAUAAUUCAAAAGGUGCGUGACGAUGGACGCUCGGACAAGAUGGGCAACAAUGUGACCUCAAACGAAGCAAUGCCGAUGCAUUUCGAUGGGAUGUUCAAGUUCGAAGAGAUCAUAGAUCCAGAAUCGGGUGAAAAGAAGAAGGUGCAACGCCCUCCGGGAUAUCAAUUCUUCACAUGUCCCGCAACCGCGCCGAGGGGGAAUGGGUAUACUCUCUUUGCAAGCUCCAAAUUGUUCUUCCGGUAUCUGCCAUUCCCUUGGUCCACAAGUCGGCUAGAGAACAUAACCUGGGCAAUGGAUAACGAUGGAUUUUGGGAUGCGAAGCUCAAGAAUCUGCCGUUGGUAGUCAGGCAUCCAAUCUCUGGUCUACCUUGUCUGCGUUGGCAUCAGCCGUGGAAUUCGACGAAGACUAAAUUCUCAACCUGUGAUGUGACGAUUGAGAAUGACGAGAACUGCCUGGUUGGGGUAAUUGAUCGCGUCACCUAUGACCGCAGGGUUUGCCUGUACUUCGGAUGGGAGAAAGGCGAUUUACUCGUCAGUGACAAUACUGCAAUGUUGCACACGCGUACUGGAUAUAUUAGUGACUGUGACCGGGAACUUUGGCGGAUCCACUGUGAUUGA